GAGAGAAAAGAGUAAAAUAAUUUUGACCAUCUCUCUCCAGUUUCUUCUCUUCUCUUUUGCGCACGAACUCUACCCAAAUUUUGCCAAAAACCCUAGCCUCUUGAUUCUUUCAAAAUCCGAUCCCCCAUCGAUGACGAUUGAGCAAGUCACCGAUGAGACUCCUCCGUCUACGCCUUCUCCCACCGCCGCCGCCACCACCAAAGCCGCGCCGUUGGGAUCUUCCGUGAUUCCGAUUGUUAACAAGCUACAGGACAUAUUCGCUCAGCUCGGAAGCCAGUCUUCGAUCGCGCUUCCUCAGGUUGCUGUUGUUGGUAGCCAGAGUAGUGGCAAGUCUAGCGUCCUUGAAGCUCUCGUCGGCCGUGACUUUCUCCCCCGUGGUAAUGAUAUCUGCACUCGUCGUCCUCUUGUUCUCCAGCUCGUCCAGACUAAACGCCGCUCUAAUGGCGGAUCCGACGACGAGUGGGGCGAGUUUCGUCACCUUCCUGAACACACUCGUAUCUAUGAUUUCUCUGAGAUUCGUCGAGAGAUUGAGGCUGAGACGAAUAGAUUAGUGGGAGAGAACAAAGGUGUAGCUGACAAACAGAUUCGUCUUACAAUUUACUCACCUAAUGUAUUGGAUAUCACGCUUGUGGAUUUGCCUGGUAUUACCAAGGUCCCUGUUGGUGACCAGCCUUCUGACAUUGAAGCACGUAUUAGAACCAUGAUCUUGUCUUACAUCAAGUCGGAUACUUGCUUGAUUCUCGCUGUUACCCCUGCCAAUACCGAUUUAGCUAACUCUGAUGCUCUUCAGAUUGCUAGCAAUGCAGACCCUGAUGGUCGUAGAACGAUAGGUGUAAUCACAAAGUUGGAUAUUAUGGACAAAGGUACUGAUGCUCGAAAUCUCCUACUCGGAAAUGUUGUUCCUCUUCGGCUUGGAUAUGUGGGAGUUGUAAAUCGUUGCCAGGAGGAUAUAUUGCUAAACCGCACAAUCAAGGAAGCACUUAUUGCAGAGGAGAAAUUCUUCCGGAGUCGUCCAGCUUACCAUGGUCUUACCGAUCGUUUGGGCAUCCCUCAGCUAGCAAAGAAGUUAAAUCAGAUCCUUGUUCAGCAUAUCAAGGUGCUGCUUCCGGAUUUGAAGUCGCGUAUAAGUAAUGCUUUGGUUGCUACAGCUAAGGAGCAUCAGAGCUAUGGUGAAAUAACUGAAUCCAGGGCUGGUCAAGGAGCUCUUCUUCUCAAUUUUCUCUCUAAAUACUGUGAAGCAUACUCUUCAUUGCUGGAAGGGAAAAGUGAAGAAAUGUCUACGUCCGAGCUAUCUGGAGGAGCAAGGAUUCACUAUAUUUUUCAGUCAAUCUUUGUUAAGAGUUUGGAGGAGGUUGAUCCAUGUGAAGACUUGACAGAUGAUGAUAUUCGGACUGCAAUUCAGAAUGCAACUGGUCCAAGAUCCGCAUUAUUUGUUCCAGAUGUACCAUUUGAAGUUCUUGUUAGGAGACAAAUAUCUCGUUUGUUAGAUCCUAGCCUUCAGUGCGCUAGGUUCAUUUUUGAUGAGCUAAUAAAGAUUAGCCAUAGAUGUAUGAUGAAUGAGUUACAGCGAUUCCCGGUCCUGAGAAAGCGCAUGGAUGAGGUUAUUGGGGAUUUCCUGCGAGAAGGUCUUGAACCCUCAGAAGCAAUGAUCGGGGAUAUCAUUGAUAUGGAG